AUAUGCGGAGCCUCCAUGGAGAACAUCAGUACUCUGAUUGAUGAUGUUAUCAUCAAACAGGUGUUGACAAAUGCGUUCAGUGGUGUGAUGUCACCUGUGAAAGAGGAACUGUUUAUCGCUGUGUCCUACCUUCAGGUUUGUUUGUGUGAUGCCAUAACAAGACAGAGGAUUGUCAACACACACACACACACACAUAUAUAUAUAUAUAUUCUUAAGUUUCAUCCAGAUGGCAGUACAGUGGACCUCUUGAACCCUGACACACAAACUCUGGAGCUUAUCCCCCAUCCGGUCCUUGGAGGUGUUAUCAGAGGUUUGGGCGAGUCGUGCGUGGACUCUGCAGAGGAAGCCUACACUCUCUAUAAAACAUGCAGGGAAGCACAAAGGGCCAAAGAGGACUUCAUUUCAACAAGCAGAUGUAGUUGGCUGUUCACAGUGGCAGUGGAGAGGAAAGUCCAUGAGGGUAAAAUGUCCUUGCAGCUCUGUCGUAGCAAACUGCGGGUGUUCAGUCUGGUGGGAGCAGCCAAUGAGACGGACCUCAUGGGGGUCAACCCACUGCUGAAAGUUAUGGAUCAAAUCCCAAGUGAAGCCACCAAAACAGAUCCGCUCUUGCAUUUCCUUCUUAGCGAUGCACUCACAGGAAAUAGCAGGACUGCACUCAUCUACUGCAUUCAGCCUCAAGACGGUUUGGAUGACGAGACCCGAUCUGCUUUAGCUGUGGCCCAAAAAGUGAAGCGUUUCCUGACGAGGGCCUCUGUAUGUUGUUGGAGUCCAGAGAAAACACAGCAAGAGAUCCGAGGUCGGAUUAUGGAACUGAGACAUGUAAUGAUGUCAGAUGCGUCUAAUGGGACGUAUAACAUCCACAGGCUUGCUGAGCUCAUCCAAAGCCUGCAGAUUGUGAAAGAGCAGUCCUGGGAGAAGAAAAGGGAAGAAUCUGAGAGGAUUAAAUUUAAGUUCCGUGUGCCCCAAAAGGGCCAAACGGACGGUCACUUAUCUGCAGGUCACAGCAUCGAUGCCACAAGGGGUUCAGACACCGUGGAAUGCUUGCAGACAGAGUUGAGGCAGGAGAUGGAGGCACAUGUAAGAGAAGACGGAGGGAGCACGGACAAAGUCCAGGAGAGGGUAACAAGAAUCCUGCAGUUGAGAGAAGCUCUCCGAGAGGAAACGAUGAAGAACAUUUCUGCAGAAAAAUGUGACCUCUGUCUUCAACUAAAUGAGGAGUAUCAGUUGGAAGACUGCCAUGCACACGAGCGUAGGAGGCAACUGAAGGAGCUCAGCGGGAGAUUAAUUCAGCAGGAGAUGGAGAAAAUGGAGAGAGACUUGGCAAGGGAGCAGCUUCCAAGUGAGGGCGUGCGGAGAGAGCUGCUGGUGAUGAGCAGAGAGAGACAAGUUCUGGUGCUGCAGAUGGAGGCGCUGCGAGAGGAGGCCCAGCAGGCCCACAAGGACCUACAGGAGCAGCGUCACAACCACCAAAGUGAGCUGCGACGUCUGAGGGAAGAGAGCCUCCAGGUGUUCCGGAGUUUUCAUGAAUCUAGUGAGGAUCUGAGGAGGGUGUCAGAGGCCAGAUACAGAAGCGUGCUGCUGGAGGCUGUUCAUGACGCAGUUAACCAAUCUGCUCAAAACCAGCAACUCCAAGCUGACAACAAACAACUGCGUAAAGGUGUUUGUAUCUACACUUGCAUCACAGAGAGAUCAUUAUAUGCCUUACUUAUGUUUUGUUUUACAGCUCUGGGAGAGUUGAAGGAUACACUAACCAAGCAAGGUGUGCACAAGGCUUCUGUAUCCCCCCCAAAACUAGUCUAAACAAUGCAAGUGUAUGGAAAUUAACUGGCCCUUAUGGCAAUAAAGAGGCAGCCCUCCUGAACAAAUGA